AAACGUAGAGAAAGAAAGCAGAAGAAGAAGCAGUGGCCUAAACAUGUUCCUCUGACGGAUUAACGCUGUGUGUCGGUGAUCCCUCAUUCAUCUCCUCAACACAAGCCAAUUUUCCCCCUUAAUUUUCUGGAUCGAUCUGAUCGGAUCGGAGAGGAGAAAUGGCGGCAUCGAGGCGGCUUCGGAAUCUGCAAUCGCAGCCAGGGAACAAGAUCUGCGUCGAUUGCUCGCAGAAGAAUCCGCAGUGGGCGUCCGUCUCCUAUGGCGUCUUCAUGUGCUUGGAGUGCUCCGGCAAGCACCGCGGCCUCGGCGUCCACAUCUCCUUCGUCCGAUCUGUCACUAUGGAUUCAUGGUCCGAGAUCCAGAUCAAGAAGAUGGAGUCCGGCGGCAACGACAGGCUCAACGCCUUCCUCGCUCAGUACGGCAUCCCUAAGGAGACCGACAUUGUCACCAAGUACAACACCAACGCCGCCUCUGUCUACCGCGACCGGAUUCAAGCCCUAGCCGAAGGCCGUCCGUGGCGGGACCCGCCUGUUGUCAAGGAGGCUCUCAACAAGAAGCCGCCUUUGGCUCGGAAUAACGGCGGCGGCGGCGGCGGCGGUGGAGGUUGGGAUAGUUGGGACAACGACGAUGGAUUUAGAUCGUCGACUGAUAUGCGAAGGAAUCAGUCGACGGGGAAUGUGAGAGGCGUUAAUAAUGGCGGCGAAGGAGGAUUGCAGCCAACGAGGUCGAGAUCGACGGAGGACAUCUACACGAGGGUGCAGUUGGAGGCUUCGGCGGCGAAUAAGGAGGGCUUCUUUGCGAGGAAGAUGUCGGAGAACGACUCUCGACCGGAGGGGCUUCCGCCUUCGCAAGGCGGAAAGUACGUAGGGUUCGGAUCGAGCCCCGCGCCUUCUCAGAGGAAUAAUAAUACCGAAACGGAUGUCUUUUCUGUUGUUUCUCAGGGUUUUGGUAGAUUAUCUUUGGUUGCCGCAUCUGCGGCUCAGUCGGCUGCGAAUGUGGUUCAAGCAGGCACAAAGGAGAUCACAUCUAAGGUUAAAGAAGGCGGUUACGAUCACAAGGUGAAUGAAACUGUCAAUGUUGUAACUGCAAAGACUACAGAGAUUGGACAGAAGACAUGGGGGAUUAUGAAAGGAGUCAUGGCAAUAGCCUCACAGAAGGUUGAAGAGUAUACGAGAGAAGGAGCUAACUUGAAGGCCGAUAACUGGCAACGCAAUGAUAAUGAGAACAAUGGAUACUAUCAAGAGUUUAAGCAGAACAAAGAAUGGAAUUCUACAUCUGGAGGGCAGUCCUCAUCAAGUGGGCAUUUUAAUUCUUUCAAUUCAUCUUCUUGGGAUGAUUGGGACCAAAAAGACAAUAGAAAAGAAGAAUCAACAAAGGGAAAAUCAUCCCACAAUAAUGAUGGUUGGGCUGGUUGGGAUGAUCCCAAAGAUGAUGGAUAUGAUGGUUUCUAUCAGAGUGCAUCUAAUACGAAACCUGUUGGUCAUAACGGGAAAUCGGAUGCUACAUGGACAGGAGGCGGCUUUCUCUAAGGUAGGAUCUUCAUUCUUGCAUCUUGUUCUCAGAAAAUUCACGGAUUACCCAUAAACGGACGGUUUCCAGUAGCACCUUAAUCGAGGGCCGAAGGCAUGGCGAGAUGAUGGAUGUUAAGUGCUGCUGACAACCUAUUUAGAAUCCCAUGAUGAUGGGGGAUAGACUUUUGUGGAGGUUAGUAUAUUCUUGUUGACCCUUAUAUUUUCCUUUUCAUUUAUUCUCUCUUUCUAAAAGAAUUUGAUUUGAUGUAACCUAUUGGGGAAACUUGGGUGUGUUUCGAAGUAAUUUUAUAGUAUGUUCAACUGUCAACAAGGAGGGUUAAUUUGCCCAAAUCAAAAGAGAACUUCUAUUUGUAAGUGUGAGGAAUUUUAAGGUUUCUUUGGAUUUGUAAUCGACUUUCUUUUUCCGGUUA